AGAAUUAAAAAUGUUUCAAAAGCCCAUAUUAUCUCUCCUCUUAACUCUUUCCCUCUCCAAACCCUCACUCACUCACUCUCAUUUUCUCUUCUAUUUUCUGAUCCGUUAUAUAUUCUUUUCAAACCCAAAAACUUGGAAACACAAAACCCUAACUCGCUCAACUCACUCAACUCACUCAACUCACUCAACUCACUCACAACCGCCAUGGAAUGGAACCCUCAAACUCGCCAAUUCCUCUCCGAUUGUUUCCUCCACACACUCUCUCCGGCACCGGAGCCUCGUCGUCGCGCCGAAUCUUCCCUAUCAGAAGCAUCUAACCUUCCUAACUUCGGCCUCGCUGUCCUCCGCCUUGUCGCCGAACCACCAAAUUCAAUCGAUGAACAGAUCCGUCAAUCUGCCGCCGUCAACUUCAAAAACCACCUCCGUCUCCGAUGGUCCUCCGAAGAUAAUCCAAUCCUUGAACCUGAAAAGCAACAGAUCAAAACCCUAAUCGUUCCUCUCAUGCUUUCCGCACCUUCCAAAAUCCAAUCUCAGCUUAGCGAAGCCCUAGCGAUUAUCGGUAACCACGAUUUCCCCAAAUCAUGGCCGACGCUUCUCCCGGAACUCGUUUCCAGUCUCCAGGAAGCUUCUCAGAGUUCAGAUUAUGUCAAAGUUAACGGUAUUCUCGGUACUGCUAAUUCAAUUUUCAGGAAAUUUCGUUUUCAGUAUAAAACAAAUGAUUUAUUGCUUGAUUUGAAGUAUUGUCUUGAUAAUUUCACUGCUCCUUUGCUUGAAAUUUUUCUUAAGACUGCAUCGUUGAUUGAUUCGGCGGCUGCAACUGUGCCGCCGCCACCUGCGGCUAACCUGCAGCCACUUUUCGAGUCGCAGAAAUUGUGCUGUAGGAUAUUUUAUUCAUUGAAUUUUCAAGAGCUUCCUGAGUUUUUUGAGGAUCAUAUGAAGGAAUGGAUGAGUGAGUUUCGUAAGUAUCUUACUACUAGUUAUCCUUCUCUUGAAGGGAGUGGACCUGAUGGUCUUGCUCUUGUCGAUGAACUUAGGUCUGCUGUUUGUGAGAAUAUUAAUCUUUAUAUGGAAAAGAAUGAGGAGGAGUUUCAGGGUUAUUUGAAUGAUUUUGCACUUGCUGUGUGGACUUUGUUGGUGAAUGUGUCACAGUCGACUAGUCGUGAUCAACUUGCUAUCACGGCUAUCAAGUUUUUGACCACGGUUAGUACUAGUGUUCACCAUGCUUUGUUUGCUGCUGAUGGGGUUAUACCGCAGAUUUGCCAGGGUAUUGUGAUUCCGAAUGUGAGGUUGAGGGAUGACGAUGAGGAGCUGUUUGAGAUGAAUCAUAUUGAGUAUAUUAGGAGGGAUAUGGAAGGUAGUGAUCUUGAUACACGGAGGAGAAUUGCUUGUGAGCUGCUUAAGGGAAUUGCCACACAUUAUGGAGAUGCUGUUAGAAACAUUGCUUCUGCGCAAAUACAGAGUUUGUUAAGUUCCUUUGCUUCAAAUCCGACGGCGAAUUGGAAGGACAAGGAUUGUGCUAUAUACUUGGUAGUCUCUCUUUCAACCAAGAAGGCUGGAACCAGUUAUGUCUCCACAGAUCUUGUUGAUGUUCAAAGCUUUUUUCAAUCUGUAAUUGUCCCUGAAUUGCAAAGUUCAGAUGUGAAUGGGUAUCCAAUGCUUAAGGCAGGCGCACUCAAAUUCUUCACUAUGUUCCGGUCUCAAAUAUCGAAACAUGUAGCAUUGCAGUUUUUACCAGAUUUGGUUCGUUUCCUUACUGCGGAGUCAAAUGUUGUUCAUUCAUAUGCUGCAAGCUGUAUUGAGAAACUCUUAUCGGUAAAGGAUGAGGGAGGUAGGCUACGUUAUAGUUCGGCAGAUAUUGCUCCAAUUUUUGCAAUGCUGAUGAACAAUCUAUUCAAUGCCUUUAAGCUCCCAGAGUCUGAAGAGAAUCAGUAUGUAAUGAAAUGUAUUAUGAGGGUUCUUGGUGUUGCAGAUGUACAACUUGAUGUUGCUCGAAUCUGCAUUGAGGGGUUGGGGUCUCUUCUUUCCGAAGUUUGCAAAAAUCCAAAAAACCCUGUCUUCAAUCAUUAUCUCUUUGAGUCGGUAGCCAUUCUUGUGAAGAGGGCUUCUGAGAGGGACCCAUCUCUUGUGUCUGUCUUUGAAACAAGCCUUUUUCCUAGGCUUGAAAUAAUAUUGUCCAAUGAUGUAACUGAAUUUUUCCCAUACACAUUUCAGUUGCUUGCUCUGCUUGUUGAGUUAAACCGACCACCCAUCCCACCAAUCUACAUGCAGAUCUUUGAGAUUCUUUUGUCACCUGAUUCUUGGAAAAGAACCUCAAAUGUUCCUGCCCUUGUGCGUCUACUGCAGGCCUUCCUUCAAAAGGCACCGAAUGAGAUCAGCCAAGGGGAUAGGCUGACCAAAGUACUUGGCAUAUUUGACACACUAAUACAAUCUUCAAGCAGUUCUGAACAAGGAUUUUAUGUGCUUAACACCGUCAUUGAAAGUCUUCCGUAUGAAGUUAUUACACCUUAUAUUUCUCACAUUUGGGCUGCUAUUUUUAGAGAGCUCCAGAAAAGGCGGACAGUAAAGCUCCUCAAGUCUCUUUUGAUAUUCAUUUCACUCUUUCUGGUUAAACAUGGUUGGUCAAAUGUAAUUGAUACUAUGAAUGCCGUCCAGCCUAAUAUAUUUAGUGUGAUUUUGACCCAGUUCUGGAUUCCUAAUCUUAAGCUGAUCACUGGAGAUAUAGAGCUCAAAUUGACUACAGUUGCUUCAACCAGACUUAUUUGUGAGUCUCCGGUCCUUUUGGAUCCUGCAGCUUCUGUGUCCUGGGGUAAAAUGGUGGACAGUAUUGUGACACUCCUUUCCAGGAAAGAACAAGAUAGAGUUGAGGACGAAGGUGACAUGCCUGAUAUUGCAGAAAAUGUGGGUUACACUGCCACCUUUGUCCGACUUUACAAUGCUGGAAGGAACGAAGAAGAUCCACUUCCAGAUAUAAAAGAUCCCCGGAAAUAUUUUGUUGCUUCACUGUCCCAACUUUGUGCACAUUCCCCUGGGAGGUUCCCAAAUGUCAUCACUGAAAAUGUUGAGACUGCGAAUCAGGAAGCAUUGCUUCAACUUUGCAACACUUACAACGUCGCAUUAGUUUGAGGCUUGUGCUGGAAUCUGAUCAGGCAUUAUGGUCUGGAUCUUCCGCCAAUUAUACUUCUGCAUUGCAACAAAGGGAUUUCAACAAUUAUUAUCAUCAUCAUCCAAUUUUUGCUGGUGCCAUGAUUUUAUGCGGUGAUGAACUUUUGAACUUUUAGAUUUCAUGUUAUUCCAUUUUGAAUUUUGUAGGCAUGUGUUUGAAGUGCCAUCUGGUCUUGUGGGAUUUUAGUGUAAAUUUUUUUCAUGCUCCCCUUUCCCCAAUUCCCCUCAGUUUCACUUGUUUAGCAUGCAUGCCUGUGAGCAAAUGGUAGUGAAUAUUUUCAGUCAAUCUUGUGUAAACUUGCAUAUUUAAGUAAAUCACUAAAGGGUUGUUGUCAAUA